ACUUGAACGACAUGCCAUAAAGCGUUCUACAUCGGCAAAACAUGGCGAAUAUUGCCGUUCGCCACGGUAGGAGCAGUUUACGAAAUGGACGAUUCCGUGGUCGCCAUGAUAGUGGAGAAGAGACUGUGCGACUGGACUGUUCGAAAGAGCCCAAAGAGAAUAUCCGUGAAAUACUUCUUCACAUUGUUCGUCAACAUGGCAUAUCCAAGAGCAAGAAACUGGCCUACCUUAAUGCAUUUGUCAAAUACUUAUACAAAGUUGGGGGUGAUAAAGAGCUUCCAUACUCCAAAGAGGACAUUUUCUGCUGUUUACGGAUAGGUCUAUUACAUGAGGCUAAAGAAGUGAGAGCAGCGACCCUGAGGACUAUACGUUACCUGUUAUCUGACCAGGAGAGCUUGGAUUACCUGUUCACUCUGCACAUUGAUUACCUUAUAGCCAGAAGCCUAGAUGUAUGCCUGGACAAUGAGGUGGAGAGGGUUCAUGCCAUCCGACUGAUUCGUAAGAUUAGCCAGCUGAACCCCCACAAACUCCCCCCAUCUCUUAUCUAUCCAUUGGUGGCCAUAGGCAAUGAUGGAGCCCAGGAGAGGGACCGCAUGACGAAGGUCUCCCUCGCCUCAAUAUGUGAAAUAGCAUUCCACAAUGCAUCUGUGAUAUCACACUGUGGGGGUGUGAGUGCAAUUCUCCACAAUAUCAUAGACUGUCAGCUCUACCCCAGGGUCAACGAGUCGCUCGUGGCAACCAUACUCUACCUGUUGAACCACCCACGCACACGGCAUUUUAUCAAGAUAAAUAUCGAUCUGGAGCAAUUGGUGGCCCCUUUCACAGACUGUCAUUAUAAACACAGUGGUGCUGAUACUGGGGAAAAAUCAUUAAGUGAUGAUAAAGAAUCCAGAUUUGCAGCCAGUAAAAUGGCCAUUGUUACUGUGAUGAAAUCAUGGCCAGGUAUGAUACGGCUAUGUCGACCCGACGGCUCUGGGCUGCAAUCUCUAGUGGGCAUUCUCUAUUUACCUAAUGCAGAAAUAAGGAAAAACAUAGUCGACAUGCUGUUUGAGCUGUUCAGGAUCCAGAGCUGUGAAUGGACCAGUGAUUUCUCAGUGGCAUUGCUCAGUACAGACCCCUCCCAGAUGAGAGAUGCGUGGAGGUUGAGUGACGGCUUUGUGGCAGAGGAAGGGAGAAUACUCUUGUCACAUCAAUGUCACACCAGACCAAACUUAGUGGAGAAUCACCAGGCUCUGAUCUUGUCAGCAUGGAUCAAUGCAGGAAUACUUGAAGCUCUAGUGGAAGUGAUCACCUCCUCUGACGGACCUCUGUUUGUCAGGACAGUCAUUUUACUGGGGGAACUCGUCCAUCUGGCGAGCACGAUACUACCCAUGGACUGCAGCAACAAUUGUCAGAGUCUUCCCACCCUGAUGGCGCGAGCUUCAUCCGUUGAGGCACCUCCACAGGUGCAACAUCGUGCCAGUCUGGCGGUGAACUGUCUUAACCGCAUCCACAUCCUGAAGAAAAGGGGGUGUGUCCCUCACAGCCUGUACCUGGAGCAGUUGGUCGCCUCGUGUCGCUUUGGCCGACGUGAAACCGUCAAACCUCUGACGUUUAAUAGAACUAAACUGCUGGAGCUGUACUGUACUAAGACUGCCAGUGAGGACAUCGUGGGGCAUGCUGUGAGAGAUUCUCAGGUUCUGACCAGCAAAGAGCACACGCACUGGGACUGGGGGCUAAUCAUCGCUAUCCUACAGUGGUCUGAUGACAGGACAAGAAAGCUUGAAGAUCUUAACUUUGCAAGAUUUAUACGACGCCUGGUGUUUUUCUACAAGCCCACUAAUCACCAGUUCUCUGCGCUGGAGCAGGGCACACCUCACACCAGGACAAUAUCCUCUACAGGCUGCCAUCUGGUGGAUUUUCUAGUCAACUCAGACGAGGAGGAAGCUCAGAAGCAUAUCUUUGAUUGGCUCAGUGAUAUAGCUCAUUGUCUGGCAGAGAUUUCUGUGUCAAAGAUUCCUACCGAUGCCAUUCUCAGCCUGAGCAACAUCAACAAGACUGUAAGUCAGCACUAUUUCCUCCUGGUGGGCAAAUUUUCAUCCACUGUCAAGGGAGAUAAGUGGCUGGAAAGAUCAGGCGUUUAUCAACAGCUGUUAGAGUUGAUAUCCAGUUCUUGCCAUGAGAAGUAUGUGAAGUUGACUACCUCUAGUCUGAGCUACUCCCGAGAUGGACUGGCCAGAGUUAUACUCUCCAAAGCCUUGACGGCAUCCAUAGAGUCUGGCCGUUUGUACUCCACCAAGCUGCUACGCGUGCUACUCAGGGCAGGUGCCCCUUACUUCAAUAACUGGGGGGUGGACUUCUUAGUGACGCAGUUGUAUGACAUCAGCAAAUCUGUGGCCAUGGCUGCCUUACAUGUUCUGGAGGAGGCCUGUGAGCUGGAGGCCAACCUGGAAUCUCUGGUGAAGAUGCGCCCGUCGUUGUUGCACCUGGGGGACAAAGGGGCAUUGAUGCUGUGUCGUCUGCUGUCUGUACCCAAGGGCUUCAAGUACCUCUCUGAAGCCAACUACGUCAGUAAUGAGCUGGAGAAAUGGCACAAGUCUUUCAACACAAAGUAUGUGAACUUUGUGGAGGAACUAUUGAACGAAGCUCUAACAACAUACGAGAAAACCUAUGACGGUUCUUAUACACGGAGAUCAAGCAGCAAACGGCCAAAGAAGAAUGCAUAUGUACCAUUUCACCUGUACGGUCAGUUGGUUCAACACAAGGAAGGUUUCAACCUACUGAAGAAACAGGAGUACCUGAAGGACUAUGUGAACUGUCUAAAGUACCAGGAGCUGGUGACAGAUGAGGACACGCAUGCCCUGAAGACAGCUCUCUGGGCUCUGGGUCACAUGGGGCGGUCAGCGUUAGGCAUAGGCUGGUUACAAGAAGAGGAAGUGAUCCCCACCAUUAUAAAGCUGGCUGAGGAGUCUGCCGUUUUCUCCAUCAGGGGCACAGCAUUCUAUGUGUUGGGCUUGCUGGCCUCCACUCGUCAAGGCUGCCAGAUACUGGCCCAGUUUGGCUGGGAGUCUCUGUGGCACACGCGUGCAGAUAGAUGGCCAGUGUUACAAGACAGGGAUUCUCUUGCACAGGCUGAAAAUGAGGAGAACAAUGAGGCUGCUAUGACAGAGGAAAGCGCUGAAAACGCAAUCGCAAAUCUUGCUCACGAAGUCUCAAUGAAACUGUUUUUUAUUGAAGAAGAAAAGAAGGAUACUUCAGAUGCUAAAGAAGUUAAAACUGACGCUGAAAACAGUGUUGUUACUAAGGAAACUCGUGCUUUGAGUGACGUCACUGAUAAAGUUUCAAGGACUAGUGAUACAUUCAGUGAGGAUGCUGAAACUGCACAAGCCAAAGACUUUGCAAGCGUUGAAGGCAUUGAGAUUACAGUCGAGCAAGAUGGAGAUACAAAAUCUAACAGGAGUCUGUCUCCGACACUGUCCGAUAUAGCGCGGAGAAACGCUCGUCUGAAAGCGGAAUUCUUUGAAAGGUUUGGCAAUCUUCCGAAAAGCCAAACAAUGCCCAGCGAUGGAACGCAGAGAGGCUGGACAACCUUACCACAAAGACGGAGCACGUCUUUCCAGUUCGACAAGCCGAAACAGAGGUCGACUAGCGAAGGGGAUGACUCUUGCCUGAUGGACGGUCGUAGAACAGGGCAGGAGAAAAGUACUUCUGACCCUGCGACUUUAAAGAUGUCAUCAGCUGGGGAUGCUAAACCUACCCAUAGUUCAGACCAAAGUGAUACAACAACAACAACAACAGCUGAUACAGUUAUAUCAUUUGCGUCCUCCAGUAGCGAUAGAGUGCACCCCUGUGAUAGUGAUACUAAAAAGAAAAUCACAUUGGAUGCGGAAAAAAAGCACAAAAUCUUCGAGGUCACAACCUACAAGAAUCGUCCGUCGAGCUUGCGGGAUGAAGGCAGCAGUAGCAAUGAAAGUAACACUACCAGCAAAAGUCGUUCAGAUAGUUUUAACACAGGCUCCACCACCAGUGGCAUCGGGUCGUGUGAAUCUGCGGGCCCCCUUGUCACCCAGGAAGGCUCAACCCUCAGCCCAAUAGCGAGCACAGCCUCACUGACAAGUCUACUUAAUAAACAGAACGUAGAAAACACUUGGACUACCGUGCACCAUUCUUCGGUGAACAGAAAGCGAGCUAACCUCAGCCGGGUGCCUAGUUUACGAAGGCAACCGGCCAAUCCCGCUUUAGGAGUUAUGUCCCCGACAAGGGGUUUAGAUAGUGCUCUGGAAAACAUUGGCUACGCUAGUGCUCGUGACAUUGUGGGCUACAAUACACUGAGAAUCAUACAGCGUCAGAGAACGUACAGCUCUGAUAUGGAGUCCGAUUUUGGGCUGAGCGCCCUCUAUGACGAGGACGAGACGAGGGCCAGGAGUAGAAGUGUUAGCUCCUGGAAAAGUACCGAAAGUGAUAGCAUUAAGUCCAGCAUUCCAAAAAACUCCAGUUAUGUAUCUAUACAGGAUUAUGAAUCCUCCCAGUCUAGUCCUUACAAUACGUGGAGCCGGUUACCUCCCCUUGUACACAAUAAACUGCCAGGGGGCAGGGCAGAGUUCCUGGGGCUAUGCUUACCGAUAGACGUCACCAUGGUAUUUGAGGUAAAUGAAGGUGAAGACAGAAGGACGGCCUCAGUGUGCUCAUCAACCAGUGCAGUUGAAGAAGCGCCUCCACCGCUGGUGUCACAUGUGGCUGAGGAUCAGGACACCAAACAUGACACCACUGUGUGUCUGGCCUGUCACCGGCGGCAACUACACGAUGGAUCCAAGAUCAGGAUACACAUCGCUGAGGUGGAUACAGACAUGUCCCUGGAGGAUGCGGACCCCCACAACGUCCUUGGUAACCUGGGCCCCAGUCCCCCAUCUGCUGCACCCUACAGACCAGACAGCGGGUGGGGAGGACUGACGGUCAAGAUGAUCAGGGCUCGUACCAGCAGUACCAAUGACCCUUACUCCACAGCAGGCAGUCUGACCAGUACCACAGAUACAGACUCCACUUCCAAGAAAAUGUCUGAAGACAGUGACGUGGGGAGAGCUAUUAUAAGAAGGGAGAUAAUGCGGUUUAUCACGAACUUGAGCAGUUCUGUUGGGACUAAAGGCUCUGAGCAGGGCUUGUUACAUUUAAAGCGCAAGUUUCCACGGGCUUUCCGGGACUUGUGCCUCUACUCUGACAUAGCAGUCAUUCUGGGCUCGUACUCAUUUCGACUCAACGCCCGCAGGUUUAUACAGGAGCUUUUCGAUGACCUCAGCCUGACUAGGUUACUGGAAGAACCACGAUUGGUGCUGGGAGUAACAGAUGAUUUGGACGUCUCACGGAUGGCCGUCAUAAGACAAGACCAGGGCGAUGAGUUCGCCGAAGGGUUCGGUUGACAGAUGU